UUAUUAUAUAAAUUAUAUGGUCCGUUUUUGCCGGCAGUACCAAAGGCUCUACGCAUGAAUUCAUCUGGAAGGGGGGGGGAGCAACAACUCGUAAUAUUGAACAAAUGUAAGCGAGUGAGCAAAACGACCUAGCAGCAAGAAAGUGUUCAUUAUUAACAUGGGAGAAGACAUGAAUAAUUUCAUAAUUUAUAUGUUCUGUUUCCAUUUUGGAUGCCAUCAACUUGGGGUUUUUUUUCGUCUACAUUAACAUAGUUAAGUACAAACUUCUUUCAACUUUUGAUACCAUCAUCAUCAUCAUUACCAUCAUCAUCACCAUCAUCCUUGUCUCGUCAUUGUAAUCAUCGAGAUCAUUUUCUCCUCUCUCCAACCAGUUUACAUGCUAGACAUGUGCGACUUAACGAUGUCAACGGAUGUAUACCACUCCGGCAUUCUCAUUUCUCAGGUAGAACCGUUUUAUGCAAACGAUGUGGAAUGCAGGAUAUCAAUAACCACGGAUGAAGACAAAUUAUUGCUGCUUGUUUUUGGCGAUUUUGACAUCGAAGGCGACAUGGAAAGAACCUGUUACGAUGCCUUGUGGUACGUGGAUGGAGAAGCCAACUCUUCUCAAAAUAUAUUCGAAAACGGUGAAAAAAUGUGUGGUGACGCAGAUGACGUUGGUGAUAUCAUCUCAAGCGGACAUACCAUAACCCUUUUACUGAAAACAGAUGAUUCAACUCGCGCAGAGGGGUUCAGACUGGUGUACACAAGUUUUCAACCAGGUCCUUGUAACGGAAGCCAGUUUAGAUGUUCUAAUGGGAGAUGUAUAGUUGCUCAUCUGGUCAACAACACUUACAAUAACUGUGGAGAUGGAAGUGAUGAACCAAUACAAUUUAAUUUCUAUUUUCACCCAGAUGCAAUAAAGCCAUCCCAAAAUGGGAAGAUCGCAGAACUGGGUAUAGGACUCAUUAUCGGUAUCGCGAUCGCAGCUUCUCUUGGUCUUCUGAUUAUCAUCGUCUGCACGCUGUGUAUCAUCUAUCACACACUGUGCUCCAAAAUAUUAUACCACAAUCACCAUAGCAACAUGCAGCAAGAAAAAGUCGACAAAAUCGUGCCGCCAAUUUUUCGAUCAUCGUCUCGAGUCGGUGAAGUAUCGAUUGAAGAACGGUCGCGAGCGAGAGAUGCCUGGAUGUAAUCUUAUCCUCUUUCGUUAA